AUGGCGACUAUGGUGGUGGUGCAGCCUAAGCAACCAUCUUUUUCUGUUCUGCAAUCAUCUGUUUCUGACUUCAACGGUGUCAAAUUAGCACCCUCAGUUCAGUAUAAAAGGAAGGUAUGGCAGCCAAGAGGAGCUCUGAAGAUUUCAGCAUCAGCUGCAAAGAAAAUUCUCGUCAUGGGUGGAACCAGAUUUAUUGGUAUCUUUUUGUCCAGACUUCUUGUGAAAGAAGGCCAUCAGGUAACUCUGUUCACCAGAGGGAAGGCACCUAUCAGUCAGCAAUUGCCUGGAGAGUCAGAUGCAGAUUAUGCAGAAUUUUCCUCCAAGAUACUGCACUUGAAGGGAGACAGACAAGAUUUUGACUUCGUGAAGAGCAGUCUUGCAGCUGAAGGCUUUGAUGUAGUCUAUGAUAUUAAUGGUCGUGAAGCAGUUGAAGUAGAGCCCAUAUUGGACGCCUUACCUAAUCUUGAACAGUACAUAUACUGCUCUUCAGCUGGUGUUUACCUCAAAACUGAUUAUCCCCCACACUUCGAGGUUGAUGCAGUUGAUCCGAAGAGUAGGCACAAGGGAAAACUUGAAACUGAGAGCUUAUUAGAUGCACGUGGUGUUAAUUGGACUUCCUUGAGGCCAGUCUACAUCUAUGGACCAUUGAACUACAACCCUGUUGAAGAGUGGUUCUUCCACAGGCUGAAAGCUGGUCGUCCAAUCCCAAUUCCCACCCCCGGACUGCAAAUAACACAACUUGGUCAUGUUAAGGAUCUCGCAAAGGCUUUUGUUCUGGUUCUUGGCAAUGAGAAGGCAAGCCGGGAAGUAUUUAACAUAUCUGGCGAGAAAUAUGUUACCUUUGACGGAUUAGCUAAAGCAUGCGCGAAGGCUGGCGGAUUCCCUGAGCCUGAGAUCAUUCACUACAAGCCCAAAGAUUACGAUUUUGGUAAAAAGAAAGCAUUCCCAUUCCGUGAUCAGCACUUCUUUGCAUCAGUCGAGAAAGCGAAGAGUGUGCUCGGGUGGAAACCAGAAUUUGAUCUGGUGGAAGGUCUCACAGACUCAUACAACUUGGACUUUGGCAGGGGAACAUUUAGGAAAGCUGCAGAUUUCUCCACUGACGACAUCAUCCUUGGCAAAAGUCUCGUGUCUGUUUGA